UUUAAUGAUGAGAAAAAAUUGAUGAAUUUUCAUCAGAACCUUCAGGAUAUCACAGAAGAUCAACUAAGUUUGGCCUCAAUUCACUACAUGCGAUCUCACUACCAAGAAGCUAUUGAUAUAUAUAAACGAAUACUGCUAGAUAACAGGGAAUACCUUGCCCUCAAUGUUUAUGUGGCCCUCUGCUACUACAAGCUGGAUUAUUAUGAUGUGUCUCAAGAAGUUCUGGCUGUUUACCUUCAGCAAAUUCCUGAUAGUACCAUCGCACUCAAUCUUAAGGCCUGUAAUCAUUUUCGCCUUUACAAUGGCAAAGCAGCUGAGGCAGAACUCAAAAGCUUGAUGGACAACGCUUCUUCAUCCUUUGAAUUUGCUAAAGAACUCAUCAGGCACAAUCUGGUUGUUUUCCGAGGAGGGGAAGGCGCUUUGCAGGUUUUACCUCCCCUGGUUGAUGUCAUUCCCGAAGCGAGGCUAAACUUGGUGAUUUACUACCUUCGUCAAGAUGAUGUACAAGAAGCUUAUAACUUAAUUAAGGAUCUGGAACCUACCACUCCUCAGGAAUAUAUCCUCAAAGGAGUGGUUAAUGCAGCGCUUGGUCAGGAAAUGGGUUCAAGGGAUCAUAUGAAAAUUGCCCAGCAGUUCUUCCAGUUGGUGGGAGGAUCAGCUAGUGAAUGUGUAUUAAAAUCAUAUUUACCCAGUGGGUCAUUUGCUUUUACUUUACUUAUGCAUAAAUCUUUGUUUCCUUUUAUAGAUAUCAUGAAUAAGAAACCAAGACUAGCAUGGGAACUUUAUCUCAAGAUGGAAACCUCUGGCGAGUCCUUUAGUCUCUUACAGCUCAUUGCUAAUGACUGCUACAAGAUGGGCCAGUUUUACUAUUCAGCCAAAGCUUUUGAUGUCUUAGAGAGGCUGGAUCCCAACCCUGAAUAUUGGGAAGGCAAAAGGGGUGCCUGUGUGGGCAUUUUCCAGAUGAUCUUAGCUGGGAGAGAACCCAAAGAGACCCUUCGAGAAGUUCUCCAUUUACUGAGAAGCACAGGUAACACGCAAGUAGAGUACAUCAUCCGGAUCAUGAAGAAAUGGGCCAAAGAAAACAGAGUGUCUGUCUGAAACAGCUCCAGAGUCCUAGGGACCAGCUUCCGCUUUGACAAAGAAUUAGAAAUCAUUUUCCUCAAGUUUAGUGUAAGAUGCAGGGCUCUAUUUUAUUGACAUUUUCCUUCCUUGUUCUCCAAUCCUCCAGAUCAUUGACUGACUUGUUUAGACCUAGCCUCCUGGCUGAAUACAGCACCGUAGUCUGUGCCAUGGCCCCUGUAUGAUCCUACUAGCAAUAAGACUUCGGACUUACCUGGUGCCUUUCUUCCAAAAAUACUCAGAGUACUCUUAUGUAAUUUACUGAAUUAUACAAGAACAGCAUGACUUUUUCUUAUGUUAGUGUUUCACGGCAUUUUCUUCUACCCGCAAUAACAAAUGUCUCUGAUGCUCAAGAAUCACCAUCAUCUUCUAUCACCUUAUUUUUAGCCAAGUAUGUACAUUAUCUCAUUUUAGUGGGGAUAAAAGGUUUUGUAAUGCAUCUCUGAAUCUCAGGAGAAUAGAGGUUACAACUAGCUGUGUGAUUCUAAUAAUGGCAGUAACACCCUGUAUCAAACUGUCUAGUCAUUAAUAGAUAAUAAGCUUAUGGGAUUACUGUUUCAGUAAUUGAAUUGUUGAUGAAAAUAACAUAUUACAGUGGAGUAAGAUGAAUAUUGCAGUUUCUAAAAAGGUAAGUACUACGGAAAAAUUUUGUGUGACACCUAUAAAGGCAUUUAGGAAACAAAGUACACAAAUUUCUUUAGUCACUUUUCUGUUAUAUGUGGAAAGAUUUAUAUUAUCAUUUAAUUCUUUUUUUCCCCACAAACUUUUUGAAGUACCCUUAUAUUUUAGAUAAUGAAGCAGGUUAUGUUUUUUUCUUAAUAUGUCUGGCUGAAUAAACAUCAAUUUUGAAAGGAGGGCUACAAAGAUUAUAUAUAUAUAUGCAUUGUGGCCAUUUAUUAAUGUAAUGAUAAUAAAACAUGCAUUGUGUAGAGCUCUUUGAGGGACCUCCUAAUGGCAGGACUCUGUCCUAAGUCAUAUUCCAGUCCCAUGUUUCUAAGCUCUCACAACAUAAACCUACUGUACAACUGAGCAUUCUUAGGCUCACAAUCUAUUUUCCGAAAAUAGACCCACGUCUUUUUAUACAUCAGGUUACCUUUGUUUCUACACCAUAUAACUUUUUCUAUUAGUUUAAGGAACGCAGUGUUCCAGGUCUAGAAAGUACGGUGCCGUCCCUAUCCAGCAGAGAAUGGAUGGGAAGAGAACUGAAAGUCAGAACUCCUUGAGGCACUAAAGUUAGAAGAAUUCCUGUAAACAUGGCGACAGUGGUUCCACUUAUAUCCCCAACAUCCCACUGUGGAUUAACGAGUUGUAUAGAAGGGAAAUGGGGACACAGCAGGAGUGAAAGCAGCCAAGGAGGGAAGAUCGGUGACUGGAGAUAGCCUUUACCUCUGGACAGGUGAAGGGGUUCUCUCAGUGCUACUCAGGAAGAUGGCCAGUUGUUAAAAAUCUUUUAUCUUAGACCCAGUUUGAAUCAGCUCAGAGCACAAAUGAAAAUAAACUGGCCUGGAUAACUGAAUUCCAGGAAACAAAGCUACAUCAUUUUUCAUAUGUCAAAGCUUCUCUGUUUCCUCAUUAUGUUUUUCCUACUUUUUCAGUAAUAACUGGUUCUCAGCAUCUAAAACACUAAGUGGGUCAAAUCUGGACAGAACCUGCUAUAAUUUUUAGAAUUAUUAUUGUUAUUCUUACCUCACUUAAAAUAUUAGGAAACAUAGUAGUGGAAAAGACAGAUGGAACUCCUCAGUAGCUUUUGGCAAUCAAACUUGUCUUCCAGUGAAUUGCUACUUUCAAAUUUCCUAUACUUGAAAAGCUUUUCCACUGACGAUGAUUUGCUUUUAAAUGAGCUUUUGUUCAAUUUAACACUCUUGAUUCUCCCAUACAUUUUUCAAGAUAGCAGAAUUUUAGACUAAUUUUUAAAAAAGUUUUUAAUCUAUACAAUUGAGCCAAAAAACAUAUAGACUAGCUUAAAGAUAGGUAUCUUCCAGUUCUGUUGUUAAAGAUAACUUCUUCUGAAAUGUCUUGACAGGAUUUCAGGAUUGCAGAGUAGGAUUGCAUGACUGUUUUUCUUAUAUGUGAUGAUACAGAAGAGAGAAAGGCCCAGUCUUAGGAUUAUUAUGUAAUGUGUGCAGUUCACAGCAUCAAUGUACUAUUUAUAGUCUGUAGCAUAUUAUUAUUGGAAAUGGAAAAAAUAUUUUACAAUUAUUUUUGUACUUCAAAAGAAUUCUUAUAUUCAAUUGUAUUAUAUUCAAAUUAAAGUUUAUUAUUUCGUUCUUAUUA